UUAGCUCAUUCAAAAUCGAACCGUAGAUCCUCUUUUGGGAAAUCGAAGUCCUCCGCGUGAGAGUUGCGAACGUUCGAAGUGGACUACUUGAGCGAAGCAAGUCUGGUCAGACACCAAAAACGGCCAAAGCAGCGGCCAGCGUGGUUAGCGGCUUAUUUGUAUAUCAAGGCAAGUCAGCGUUGUUGUCAAAUAUGCUCAAUUGGGACUCUCGGAUGAAAUUUCUUUGCUCUCAACCAUUUAUGUACAGUGUUUGUCUCUCUCGGAUUGGAUUUCUUCAUUUAUUUAGACAUGAGUUCCCUCUCCUGGUGUUCCUGGUCGGACAUAACAACAAAAAGCACAAAUCCGGAAGUAGGCAGCGUCGCCAAGAAGAGGACGAAGCGAAUGCCCAUGGAUCCGGUCCACAAAGAGGUUCUGCGGACGCUGCGUGUGGAUUUGUCCGAGCAGCUGCUGGUGUCGGACGGCGUGCUGCCUCUCUUGUAUCAGGAGGACAUCCUGACGGCCGCGCAGGUGGAGGAUAUCUUGGCCGAGAGCACCGACCGGAAGCGGUGCCUCAAGCUGCUCGACGUUCUGCCGAGGCGCGGCCCGAAUGCCUUCGGGGUCUUCCUGCGAGCUCUCGACGACUUCGCCUGGCUCCGAGAACGACUGCUGCAAGAGCUCCGCGACCGGACCUGCACCGGGACCGGGACCGCCACCGCACCGCUCGGGGCUCCGACGAGCCUCCGGGGAUCGUCGUCGACCACUGAGGUCGCGUGCGGCCUUCCAGACCACGUGGCCCAGCAAGUUCCUUCCGAGCGUCAGCUCUCGCGUCUGGCCUCGGUGCUGGGUGACGAGUGGGAGUCGGUGGCGAUGGACCUGGGCGUGUCGUCCGCCGCCCUGUUCCGUUGCCGCGCCGACAACACGCCGUGUUGCCGCGACGCCGUGCUGGCCGCGCUGUUGCUGUGGCGACGCUCGCAAGGGAAGAACGCCACAGCCCGACGGCUGCAACAAAGUCUGCGGGCCGCAGGCAUCCACUCCGCCGUCCUGCGGGAUGUCAUGAUGGCGUGACCCAGACCGAAGCCUCGUUUGGGCUGAAUAGUUUUAUUUACAUUUUUUUAAGAUGCACUUCAAUUCCAUUUUGAAGGCUGGACUAAGAUAAAAAAAAAAAAAACGGCGUCAUUUGCUGCAGCGGCGGUAAAAGUAGAAAUGGUAGUCUGUGAACAGCGCCCCCGCGAAGUUAUGGUUGGUACUGCAGUCGGCUUGGCCCUGUGCACAAGUUGUAUGACACAAGACACUGAGUAGUGCAUGAACAAUUUCAGAUUAUUUUGGAUUCAUCAUUAUUUUUUUGUCGGCAACACAGAGGCGAUAAUACCCGAGGCUUUUUUUGAGUGUGUGAGUGCGCAGGGGUUUAAUUGCUGAUUUGUAUUUUUCAAGUUGUCAACUUGCUAUCGGUGCACUUAAUGAUUAUUUAAUUCUAAAACGGGACAUUUCA